ACAAACGAAACGUCGGUUCAGUGUUUCAGCGGUAGAUUCGCAGAUCCGAUUUUGCUCUUAAUACCGAGAAAAUAGCGACACUGAAAGUGUGGUCGUGUUUGUGCAUAUAACAGUUUACAACAGGAACUUUCACAAUGUUUUUUCACGCCGUGUAUUUCCUGCUGGGUACAGUUGUAACAGUGACCAUUGCGAGGUACACGGCGGACUGGAACAGUUUGGACGCAAGGCCUUUACCUUCGUGGUACGACGAAGCGAAAUUUGGCAUUUUUAUCCACUGGGGGGUGUUUUCUGUACCUGGGUUUGGCAGUGAAUGGUUCUGGUGGCACUGGCAAGGCCAGAAACCGCCGGACCCAAAGUGUGUGCGAUUCAUGUCGGACAAUUAUCCGCCUGGCUUCAGUUACCCGGAGUUUGCGCCUCAGUUUCAUGCCCAGUUUUUUGAUCCGCGGGAGUGGGCCGAUAUAUUUAAAGCAUCUGGUGCGAAGUAUGUCGUCUUGACUGCCAAGCACCAUGAAGGAUUUAACAACUGGGGAUCUCCAAACUCCUGGAACUGGAAUUCAGUCGACAUUGGCCCACACAGAGACCUUGUAGGAGACCUGGGAGAGGCAGUGCGCAACAGAUCGUUGCACUAUGGACUCUACAACUCCUUAUAUGAGUGGUUCCACCCACUCUACCUGUCUGACAAGAAGAAUGGCUUCAAAACACAAGAUUUUGUGUUGCAUAAACUGCUACCAGAGCUUUAUAACAUGGUUGUAAGGUAUAGGCCUGAGGUGAUCUGGUCUGAUGGAGACUGGGAGGCACCAGACACCUACUGGAACUCCACUGAGUUCCUGGCCUGGCUCUACAAUGACAGUCCAAUUAAAGACACUGUUGUUACCAAUGACAGGUGGGGGGCAGGCUGUGCCUGCAAACAUGGCGGCUACUAUAACUGUGAAGACAAGUACACUCCAGGGCAGCUGCCCAAGCACAAGUGGGAGAAAUGUACAUCAGUGGACAUUUUUUCCUGGGGUUAUCGUAGAAACAUGAAGAUGAGUGAGCUGAUGGAUCUGCACAGUAUCGUAGAGGAUUUGGUCCGCACUGUGGCUCUGGGAGGCAACUACCUUCUGAAUGUAGGUCCCACCCCUGAUGGGAUGAUCCCGCCACUGUUUGAAGAGAGACUCAGGGGUGUUGGCGCCUGGCUAGACAUCAAUGGCGAGGCUAUUUAUGCCACAAAGCCCUGGAGAGUCCAGAUGGAGAACACCACUGUACCAGUCUGGUAUACCUCUAAAGGCGACUCUGUAUAUGCCACCUUUACUGCCAAGCCUUCUGCGUCCACAUUCCACCUACUUGAACCCAGGUCAUCAGAAUACACCAAAGUGACUUUGCUGGGGAAUCCUAAACCCUUGCCCUGGUCCCCUAUUGAUCCCAGUGCUGGCCUUAUUAUUCUACUGCCAGAGCUCCCAUUCAGCCCCGGCCAAGUCUGGACACUCAAGCUGGAUGGAGUCGCCUGAGCCUCAGAGACCUGAAGUCUUGACCUGACAAACAUCUUCAACUGGACAGAGUCCAGUUUCCAAUGUGUUUGGAUUUUAAGAUGAACAUAACCGACGCUGUUGCUUUGGACUGAUGUGAGACCUCCUUAAAGAUGAAUAUAUGUCCAAUCAAUCUGCUCACACGCUCUCAUGAAUGAAUGUCAUGAAGCCACCCAUUUCAAAAUGGAGAAAAAAAGGACAUUUUCAAAGAUGUUAAGUAAUUUGUUGGAAAGUGGGAAGAGCGGGGCGUUGUUGCUCUCUUGACUGAAGUGAUUGGUGGUUGUUUUAAUGACUCAUUAUGAAAUGGAAAGUAAUAUUGGUCAUUGUACUUAAAUAUUUUGAUUUUGUGAUGAACAAGAUUGCACUUUAUUUUUGUACUGUAUGCUUUUAAAAAGACAAACAUAUUAUUAACUUGCUGGAUUGUUGAUUUUUAUUUCCGAGACAAAGGGAUCAGGAUUAUGUGCAUAAUUUUACUAGACAAUAAACAGACAGGCGCCCAUCUGGUAAUGAUUUUCAGCUCAGUUUCUUUGUUAAGUUUCAUAAUGGAAGUUAAAAAAGGUUACAUCUUAUGAAGAAAAUACUGAAAAGUAACCAAGAGUAACGAUAAUCUACUUUGGUUAAUGGCAUGAAAACUAAUUAGUGGAGGGAAAAGUAUUCCUAAUAAAUCAGUCAUAUUUCAAAUAAGAUCAACAUUCAACAUUAUUCAUUCA